AUGUUAUUUAAGAUUGUAGAUGGAGGUGGAGCUCUAGACGGCUUUCAAAAAAUUUUCGAUCAGAACGGCCCUGGAAGAACUAUCAUAAAAAACUUUUGUACUGCAAACAGCUCUAUAGUUCUUAGAACUUGUGGGGAUUGCGGGCUUCAAUAUACACGUCAUGUGAACGUUAGAAACUCAAAAUUCAUGGGGCCUGGGCUUACAAUAAUUGGAGCAAAUCUUAAAUACGACGACAAAGUAUCCUUUCAUAAUGUUUCUGUCUACGGUUAUAAUAACGAGAAAACUAGAAUGGCUUAUGCAUGCAUAGAAAAUUCAGGAGAGUCGGCGAGUUUUAAAGGGUAUGCACCUGGGCAGCCCGGAAAUGGCCCUACUUGUACAUAUGAUGCAAGUGAGGUAAAAGUGAUAAAUUGA